CGCUGAUCUUCGAGAAAUCGAUCUACGGGAAUGCGAGGUACAGCACUGACAAGUCGGAGGGGGCUCCGGUAUUCCACCCUUACAACCCAAAUGGACGCCGCGAGAAACACGCAACCUCAUGUGCCGUGCCAUGCCAUCGUGCGUUGCCACUGUAGUACCCGUCUACCGCCUGCCCUGUUUCCUCACCUCCUGUCCUUGUCGAGACGCCCUAGGGAACCGUUUCUUUUUUUUGCUAGACACAGCCCGUUUAGGUUGGACGUCUUGGGUCAUAGACGAGGACAUAUAGUACAAGGAUCCAACGACAAGCACACGAGUUGGCGUAUGAACAAUUCUAGAGAACCCAGCUCGAUUGCAACAUUGCCCGGCGACUGGGUCUGGUUGAGGGGGUUCCAAAGCCCGAGUCUCAGAGGCGACUACAGGCCCAGUGCUGUGGGCCUGGCACCAGGCACACUGUUGGUCAACGCCGGGAAUUCUAAUGCAGAUUGCCAGGGGGAUCCAGGACAGGCGGAAUACGCCUGCAGCUGGAGGGAACCUGGCACAGGAUUCACACCCUGGGUCGUGUCAACAGCCUCAACUCGACUGGGGCCUAGUGCCCUUGGGAGUGUCAGGAUAUGCAAGCCUGUGGUCUUUGUUGCUAGUGAAACCCGGUGCCGGCUAUGGUAGCCAAAGAAUGCGCGAAGUUGUUCAUAAAAAGUUAUAAAGCCAAGUUUUGCAGCUGUAAGUGCUACUCUGCCCGGCAGAUUUAAG